CCUGCGAGGCCCAAAGGUAUUCAUUACUAUCGCGAUUCUUCGGCGUUCUGUUCGUCUCGAUGGAAGCCGCCGCGCGGGGAACGAUCACCUCCCUCGAAACCCUCUUCCCACCCGAUGAGGCGCAGAAGGCGGCGCGGCGGGUGGAGGAAGCCAUCGCCGACCGCCGGAACGAGCUCCUCCGCGUCCAGGGCUUCGUCUCCGACAACUCCUCCCUCAUCAAUCUCGUCCGCACCCUCCCCGAGGAACUCUCCCACGAUAUCAUGGUCCCUUUUGGGAGUGCGGCGUUCUUCCCGGGUCGCCUCGUACAUACCAACGAGUUUCUGGUGUUAUUAGGAGAGGGGUAUUAUGCAGAGCGGACGGCAAAGCAGACGAUGGAGAUUUUACAGCGGAGGGGGAAGGCAUUGGAAGGUCAGGUGGAGUCUUUGAAGGCUACGAUGGUGGAUCUUGAGGCCGAGGCCAAGUUCUUCGAUUCCACAGCCGCAGAGGCUGCUGAGGGACUUGUAGAGAUAAGAGAGGAAUAUGUUGAAGAAUCUGAGAAGAAGGCUCCUGGAUCAGAUUCUUUAGACUCCAAAAGAGAUGAUAUGCAAAUGCCUGAUGAAGAUGAGGAAUAUGCUCGAAUUAUGGCAAGGCUAGAUGAACUUGAAAAGGAAGAACUAGAAGAUGGAAGUACUUCAGAUGAUGAUAAUGAGGAGAACUUGGCUGGUGAUGAAGUUGAGGAUGAUGAAACUGGAGAUGAAGAUGAGGAUGCUGAGUCCAGUUCUAGUUUCUCCACAUCAGAUCUUAAACAUGAGAUUUUGGAGAUAAAACACAAGUCAGAACAUCCAGUACAGAAAGCUAGAGGUCAAGGUCAAGAAAUGUUAGGCUCAAUUGUUUCCAAACAGAUUGGAGGCAUCACUGAACAACCACUGACCGACCAACCAUUUAGUGGGGAUUCAAAAAUGCAAUUUCCAGCUGUAGCUCAUUCUUUUAGCAACAGUGGACAGUCUAUCAGCAAAGAGGUGUCUAGAUCAUCUUCAUCUGAUGCGAAGUUCUCUUUCUCAAAGAUUGAGGAUUCUUCCAACAGUACUUCAAGACAAAUUUCUGAUCGGGUCUCAAGUGGUCAUAAAGCUUUCACGGGCUCUAUCAUCGAGCAUGAUCUUGGUCUUCCACCCAUCCAGUCAGCUAAAAGUAACCUGGGCCAGGCCUCUGUUUCAAGUUCUUCGAAGCCAGUUUCAAGAUUCAAGAUGCAGAAGGGCAAUCGUUAGUAUGUGACCUGCCCUGUCCCUGUAGGUAGAUGGAUGAAUGUGUUUUGAUUUCAACAGACAUGGGUACAGGUGUACAGCCAAAGAGGAGUGCAACCUACUGAAAAUACA